UCAGUCGCAUUCGAGUCAUUCCUGAGAUCGACUGCACGCUUUCUUGUACUGCUGCAAGUUCUACUGCGCUAGAGGGGUCCAAAAAUGGACUUGCUAACAUUCGCCCUGAUCGUCGUAGCUUGCUACACGAUUUACUAUUACUUCAAGAAUAAUCUUGAUUAUUUCAAGAAUCGAGACAUUCCGUACUACCCGGCAUGGCCAUUGCUGGGCAACAUGGCCACGCCGUUUUUCAGACGGAAACACAUCUCCGACCUGGUUCGAGACAUGUACAACUACAACCCGGACGCCAAGUACAUCGGAGGCUUCGACUUUGUCCGACCUGUUAUCGUGCUGAGGGACCUCGAGCUCAUCAAGAGUGUCGCCAUCAAGAACUUCGACAGCUUCCCUGAUCACAAGUCUUUCGUCGAUGACUCCCUGGACCCGUUGUUCGGUGGUAAUCUCUUCAACAUUGCCGGCGAUAGAUGGAAAGAAGCAAGGAACCUGCUCAGUCCGGCCUUCACCUCCAGCAAGAUGAAGGGUAUGUUCGAGCUGAUAGCUCAGUGUGCAGAGAACUUUGUCAAGUAUCUGGAGGAACGACCGGCUUCGGAGAAUAAAAUGAUCGCCACCAAGGAUUUGUUCACCAGGUACACAAACGACGCGAUAGCUACCUGCGCCUUCGGCAUCGCCGUCGAUUCGAUGAAAGAUCCUAAGAACCAGUUCUACGUGCUCGGAAGGGAAGCCACGAAUCUGGAGGGUCUGAUGACUGUCAAGUUCUUCAUCGCAAGGGCCUUUCCGCAGAUUUUGAAAUUCUUUCGGAUAACAUUCGUGCGAGACGAAAUCGUCAAGUUCUUCAAGGACAUUGUGGGUGCGACAGUGGCCAUGCGCGACGAGCAAGGCAUCAGCCGACCGGACAUGAUCCAGCUGAUGAUGGACGCGAGGGGCAAGGAGAGCAAACAUCUGAAGCUGGACCUCACGGAGAUGACUGCCCAGGCCUUCAUCUUCUUCUUUGGUGGUUUCGACACGACUUCUACUCAGAUGUGCAUAAUUGCUCAUCUUCUGGCGAUCCAUCCCAACGUCCAGAGGAAGCUGCAGGAGGAGAUCGACGAGGUCAUGCGGAAGCACCAAGGCAAGCCUACGUACGAAGACAUCAACGGAAUGGCCUAUCUGGAUGCCGUCUUCAACGAAUCAAUGAGGCGUCAUACACAGGUUGGAUUCAUCGAUCGGCUUUGCACCAAAAAGUUCGAGCUACCACCGGCAUUACCUGGUGGAAAAGGCUUUACUGUACUGCCCGGCAUGAACAUUUGGAUUCCCGCGAUUGGUAUUCACAUGGACCCUAAAUACUACGACGAUCCUGAGACAUUCGAUCCCGAGAGGUACUACGAGAAGAAGGUCUCCAUCAACGACGUCACCAAUCUAGGCUUCGGUAUUGGACCGAGAGCUUGCAUCGGAAAUCGAUUUGCCAUUAUGGAAACUAAACUUAUGUUGUUCUUUUUACUUUCUAAAUUCAACUUGGUCGCCAACGAAAAAACAGCCAAGCCUUUUGUCUACAGUAAGCACACGUUCUCUAUUGUAGCCAAAGGCGGAUAUUGGUUGGGAAUCGAGAAGCGUAAUUGAAUAUUCGUAACAUUCGAUAAUGUAAGGCUUGUGCAAUUUUUUGUUAGGACAAUUAUUUAAAAAACCAUUGCAUUGACGUGAUGUGAUAGCUCGUGUGUUGAGUAGAUGAAUGUUGAUACUAAAAAUCUGAAUGAGAUUAAAAACUGUAUAAAUUUUGUAUUUUUAUUGCAAUAAAAAUAUGUAUGUAGGAAACGAAUCUUACACCCAAA